AUGAUGGAAGAAGGUGAUGAAGUUCUGGGGCACAUCAACAGAGUCGAGAAUCUGGCGGAGCAACAGGACAUAGUCGGUGCUCCGGUCAGCGAGGACGAUUUGGUCAUCACGCUUCUGGCCAGCCUUAGCGAGUCGUACCAGUUCCUGGUAACAGCAUUGGAGUCGAGAGCCGACUCGCUGUCGUGGGAACUAGUGACAUCUCGGCUAAUGCAUGAAGAAAUGAAGCGCAACGAGCAAUGUGGUGGAAUCAAAGGAGCCGCGCACGGUCAAGCUCAAGCAUUCAUGCCAAGAGACAACAAGCGCAAGGCUCGACCGGCUAAGAAGACCGGUGCGUGCCACAAUUGUGGAAAGCAAGGACAUUGGAUUGCCGAAUGCCCCUCGCGCAUCCAGGAAGACGCUGAUCGACACAGGUACCAGCGUGCAAACAUCGCGCAAGAACCGGAGCUUGGCGAUUACCUGUUCUCGGUUGGUGGUGGCAAGACCAAGUCGAGUUACAUGUGGCUGGUCGAUUCAGGAGCGACGCAGCACAUGACAAGUUCGAAAAAAUUUAUGAGGAACUACAAGGACUUUGUUCCAGUAGAUGUGCAUCUUGCUGAUGAUGGUAUUGUACAAGCGAUUAAAAGGGUGACAUUGUCAUGCCAAUGA